AUGGAUGAGCCAUCUCUCCACGCGCUGCUCUCUAGAGAGAAUCCUAUUUUCAAAGUCGCACACGGGGCAUCAAACUACCACGCCACCAAGGGUGUUUCUAUUGAAAGCAUCACACGAUGGGUUGAUUUCAACCUACAGAAUAUCAUAAGUGCCUAUGGCCAUAUUCUCUCCCGACACGCCUCAAGCUUGCAGAAAGUGAACCUUGAGAAUGCACAAGCUGAGGAACAAGUCCGCAAUGUGACAGAGCUGAAGAAAGCCGUAUAUCACUGGCUGGAUUCGAUAUGUGUUCCCCUGGACGCUCCGCUCAUCCCGAAGAAGGGCAGUCAGCCGAACUGGUCAUUUUUCACUGGUCAAGAUCACCGCAUUUAUCUUGUCACUGGCACUUUUCGCCUCUCGAAAGCGUGGAGCUCGGAAAAACUCGAACAACAGACAUCCCGAUGUAAUGAGCCCAUUGAGCAACUUGCAAGACAUGCAGUAGAAGCAGAGACGAGAUAUGGUUUCAUAUUGAGCGAAAGGGAGGUCGUAGUUGUGUGCUUUUACAACACUAAACAGGGAAAAUUGGCCGCAAAAUGGCAACCUGUUCCGAGAAGUGCAUGCAGCCAAGAUAUGUUGACUGCAAACCUGGCCAUAUGGACUCUCACUAUGAUGGGCUUAAACGACCAGCAUCGCAGCGUUCUGCAGGAGGCAUAUACAAUGCCGCUGAAUGCCUGGUUGGCGCAGCCCGGCCACUAUCGCAAUCAUCUUUCGGGGCGAGUUCUCUCCAACCUUCCAACUGGAGGCAUCAUCCGCGAGCAGUAG